AUGAUGAUGUCACUGAUGAUGAUGAUGAAUGAUGACGAUGGCGAUGAUGAUGACGAUGAUGACAAUGAUGAUGACGAUGCUGCUGAUGAUAAUGGUGAUGAUAAUGAUGAUGACACUACCAUUAAUUUGCGACAAAUUUUUCGAGCAUCUCGAACCCAAUCCACCGUUCGCCUAUCUUUUUCCAAACGUCGACAGCGCACUAAUCCCAAGGAAGUUCGAUUGUUUGAACGAUCUAAAUCGCUAUUUUCUUCUUCUUUUUCAGGAAUUGGUGAAACAUCACAGCGAUCACCUUAA